GAACACAAUCAGAAAAUGAGAAUCCUUCUUAAUACUCUUGGGUUUAACGACGAGAAGAUAAACUGUUUUCUCCAAAGUGGCAACAUCAAUCCUGGUGAAGCUGUAACCUCCGCUUUCCCAUCACCAAGCAGACCCAGCAGACCCAGCAGACCCAUAUACGGCAAUCUUGAUGCUAAUAUUACCGGCUCCUCAACAUACGACCAAGUGAAAUUAGAUGCCAUUUCAGAUAACGUCAACGAACACCUUCAAUUACGCGACGUGGCGAUCUUGGAUCAGGAUGCCGCUGGUCUUGCAAGCACAGGAUACUUAUCAUCAUCACAAACACACCCAUGCCAGGCUCAGGGUGAACUAUCGCAAUAUACACAAACUUUGAACCAGCUGGCAGACAAACCCCUUGUUCACGCCAGCCAAUGUAGCACAAGCUCUAGCCAUCAAGAUGAUACCAUUUAUGAGCAGUCUUUCGAGACAGGCCACAUGGCAGAUCCGUAUUCAAAUCUAUCUCAUACUUCAACGGGAUCCAUCGACUCUAUUGCAGCCGACGCUCUACUUCCUGCUACUUUACAACAUAGCCAGACACAUCUAGACUAUGUCUCCCCUGUACACUACGGCACGAACAAUAGUGAUGAUGCAGGCUGUUUACCAUCGACCUCAAAAAUAUCCCCCAACUCGCAAGGCAGCUGUUUGUCUUUUUGAGUCAACCGUGGCUGGUUACUGGGCGGAUUGCGGACUGCUCUAAGUGCGGGCUACUCCUAUAUUCUUGGAACAUUCCAGAGCGUCCACCACCACCAGCCGCAUUUGGUAGCCUACAUCUUUACAAAG